AUGGAAUACGUAAAGAUUAAUCAUUGCUCCAUAACUGAGACCGAGCAGCAUUAGAGGAAUCCGCUGGAGAAAAAGCCAUUCCUGGAUGGCCGCAGAGGGAAAAUGAGAAGCAACGACUUGAUCUUCCGAUGGAUCCCUUUGACGUCGCUACAUCAACGACUUCAUCAAACGCUUCUAUUGACCGAGUUGUUUUUCAAAUCGAAAGACUUUCAGGCCAGAUCAAUGUGCUGAGCUAUCAGAUCGACGGAGCGGUGGCAACCGUGA